AUGUCGCAGCCACAAAUCUCAAGAGACAAAGUUUCUCAGGUAAAUUAUCUUGGCAUGGAAACCAUUGGUCUCGGUUCUCUGUACGCAAUUAGAACAUUGGGGAGAUCCAAGCUUGUAAGAUGCCGGCCACGUGAUGCACCCGCCGCGACCGGUGUCUCUAAGCGCGCCUUCGGGCCUCGGCCUAAGGAUGCAGCAAGCGCGAGGACCGAUCUCGCCAGCGUUCGCUUAGUCUCGCCAACGCCUCGCCAAUCCCCGCCAACGCCCGCCAAGUUCCAACUCGCCACGCGCGUCACAUUUUGCAGACGCCGCGACCGCAUUCCGCUGACCGGCCCGGGAUCUUUUCAGGUCACGGGGUUCCCUCGAAGCCAUCCGUGGUCGAGGAAAAAAACGCUGGAACGCUUAGCGCUGGCCUGGAAAUCAUACGCGGCUCAGCUUGUAGCAGACGAGCGGGAGACGUUCCAGUGA